GUGAUUUGUUUGCAUUUAUAAAAUCCGAGCACAAAUUAUUUAAAUAUUUGACCGAUAAUGAUUUAUUUAAAUUUCCCUCAAUGUACACUAUAAAUAAUGAAAUAGGUGAAGUUAUCCACCAUAAUCGGCCCCUCCUAGGCGAAGAAAAAAUUCAGGGCGUUAUUAUGCCUAUGGCAUUCCAGUUAAAAAAAUAUUUUGAACUCGAUGGAAUUUUUGCUCUUUAUAAAGAAAAUUUGCUUCAGUUAGAAUCAAAAUGUGUUCUAGAAAAUUUUGUAAAUGGAGAGCUAUGGCAGAAAAAAAAAUUGCAAUUUGAAGAGAAGACUGUAUUUCCUGUUUUUCUUUACUUUGACGAUUUUGGCAUUAAUAACUGCUUAGGUCCCCAUGCAACUUCGUUGUGUGGUGCUUACUUUUCAAUUCCUAUUGCUCCUUAUCAGUUUCUGUCUAAACUUCAACACAUAUUUUUAGCAGGAUUAUUUAAAAGUAAGGACCUAAAAAAUUUUGGCAACAGUAAUGUUUUAUAUAAACUUAUCCAAGAAUUCAGUUUGCUGGAAAAAGAAGGAAUCGAAAUUCAAUUGCAAGCGGGAACAACACAAAGAAUUUAUUUUAUAGUAUCUUUAAUUAUUGGCGAUAAUUUAGGGCUUAACGGAAUAUUGGGAUUUUCUAAGUCUUUUAGUUGCACAUUUUAUUGUAGACUUUGUAAGCGUUCAAUUGAACAAAUGCGAAGUGAUUGUACAGAAUACAAAGAUGCAUUCAGAAACGUGAAAAACUAUGAACACGAUUUAAAAAUUGUUCUCGAAAGUGCAAGAGUUAAACAGAGUGGUAUAAAAGAGAAUUCUAUUUUUAAUACUCUUCCUAGUUUUCAUGUCACCCAAAAUUUUUCUUUCGACAUUAUGCACGAUCUACUAGAAGGAGUUUGUCAUUAUGACUUGUGCAAGUCACUUUUAUAUUUUAUUGAAAAAAAGGUGUUUACCCUCGACAUUUUUAACUGCCGAGUCCGCCUGUUUAACUACCAAGAAAUUUACAUUGGGAGCAGGUCUUCACCAGUGGAUAUGCAUGACUUACAAACAAAUCGUCUUAAAAUGACCGCUUCUGAAAUGUUAGUCUUUUGUCAUCUAUUCCCGUUAUUUAUUGGAGAUCUAGUAUAA